AACUGAGGCCUGUUGCUGCCUGCACAACAUUGCCAUCCACAGCAGGCAUUCUGUUCAAGGGUAAGUACUAAAUCAUUUACUUCUUAACCAGGAAACUGAAGGCUGUGACCACACUUUAUCGAUCAAAUUGUACCAACAUUCAUGCUUCUUCAGCAAAAGCUGAGUGGAUAGAGAAUGAUUUAAAUCGAUUCUACAGCCAUGCUUGGAGUUCAGCAUCUUUCUUGCUCUAUUUACUCUGAGAAUACUGUUGACAUUGCUGAUUCGAACAGUAUGCAGGAUAUGCAUCACAUAUGAACAUAAUAAUGGCUUAGCUCAUUACAGAGUUCUCCAUAGCUUAGCAUUUGAACAUUGGAAUAUGGAAGCCAAAGGUCAAGGGUUUGAUUCUUCUUGUGGACUCUUUGUUCCAUGCUCAUGAUGAGAUGAUAAACAUCUUUCUACAAGAAAUGCUCCUUUUGGUUUGUUCUGAUAUCACAGCUAUGGAAGACCCUCCCCGUCCUCCAAUGGAUUCGGCAAGAAGCUUGGAAAUGUCUGGUUACAUGCCAUGCAGGGGAGAUUUUGAUGUGGUAAUGAGCUCAAUUUUUUCUUUUGGAAUGAAAUGAUAAAUUUCAGGUUUGUGCCUUAACAGAGGGGCUGUGCCACAGAUGACUAUGUUUGUCCUUGGGCAGCCUGUGUAACAUGGCUUCCAUGUUAGCUCUUAAGAGCUUGGUACAUAAGAUUACUGCAGCAAAAAGCCUUCAGGGACCUGAUAAUUCUUAAAAAAUUGAAUUUAAAAUUUAAAAAAAUAGCUGGUUGGCCAGAAAUAUUCUAAUAUCUAUUUCAAGGAUUUUAAGAGGUGCAAUUUACCUAAAUUUUUAUUCUUAAUUGAAGGACUCCAAACAUUGUCUUUCACUUUUACAUUCAGGAAUAUGAUAACUACGCUGAAGUUGACAUUAAAGAUAUUGAAUUCAGUUCUUCUGAUUCCGAACUUCUCAAAGGUUGGACUUAAUAUGAUAUUUCAUUUUUUAUUAUGGCCUUUCUUGAAAAUUAUCGAAGUAUGAAUCUAAAGUUUGUGUUUGUUUAAUUGUAGAACUCAAAAUUGCUGCCAUUGAAAUAUUUUUGUCAAGGCUACGGCAAAGAUUCUACAGAAAAAGGUAAGUGAAGUUGCACUCUUUCAGAGGUUUACGGUCAAGUCGCCCGAAAGUUAUCUCGCCCGGCAAGAGGAAGAACGCCCGAGUCACGCACAGUUCGCGCGGCUGAAAAAUGUGAUAAAAUUAUGCCUGUUCUUCUGGCUAAGUGGUAUACCUCUUGUUUUCUUUACAGAAUUGUGAGAAAAUACGGACUCAUCAACAUCCGGAAAUGGCAAAGUAUGCGUCAUGUGCAUCAGUUGCGAUGUGAUGUUAAGCUAGGUUUAAGGAUGUUUAUUUUUAUGUCAUGCUAAAACAUUUUAUCCUUCGAUUUCUUUUUUCUUAGCCCUCGAGCGAAGACAGUCGAAAACAGAAAGGUACCUAAGAAUCUUCUAUUUUUAAAUUGUAGGGAAGCUAUACUUGACGUUGUACAAUGUGAUAAAUAAAUAUGUUCUCUUGGUUCAUAAGGUCACUGUUUAAUUUACAGGGAGCUUCGUGACAGCCUCAGACCUUUUGCUCGUCUUCAUUCACCGGAUCAACAUGAAAUAUUUGUCCAAGGAUUACUAAGUAAGGGCAAACACUCGACAUUUAUUAACUUUUAAAAAAUUGCAGUAUUUUGAGGUACUUGAACAAGUUGGAAUCUACCUCAGUGACGUCGAAAGAAAACGUCACAGUGAUGGUUUUAUUAUGUAGGAAAAAUAGCAUACAUUGAAACAGGUUUUUGUAAAUAAAGGAAAGAUAGUUGAGGGUUGUGCAAGAUUAGUGCGGAUUCGAAACAUCAGAAUUGAGGCAUCUCCUCAAGGUACAGCUUAAUGGAAGUUAAAACGACGUUAUUGUCAGUUUCUGAGAUAAAGAAAAUGUUGCUUUUGCUUUUCCUUUAGUGGAAUCUUUCCUGAAGAAAGAAGUUGUCAGUUUACAAGAAUACAGAUCCGCGGGCAUUCGUACAAGAAAGGGUAGGCGACAGCUUUUUAACUCAGGAGAUCAAUUCCUCCAGAGAGCCAUGUUGCAAGCAGUAUUAGCCUCAACACUUUACGUGCACAUUUUCAACUAUCUCUAACAUAUGGUCGCUGGUAAAAUUUAGACCUUUUUGACCUAGAUCAUUAGGUACUUUAUUACGCAGCGCACUCUUUAGUGCUGUGCCUUAUUUAACAGCGAGUUAUGUUAUUCGGCGUUUUAUUUCCACUGCGACAGACACGUGACAAUGUGAAUUUGCGCGUGGCUCACUACGAGUUUAAUUAUCAGACCUCAAUUUCGUUCCCAGGAUCCCUUUCUUUCUCCCUUGCGGAAGAAAGAAUUGGAGCUUGGGAACCAGGUAGAGAAAGCCUUAGACAAAGCGUUUCAUCAUAAAACUUGGGUAUCCUCGUUGACUUUUUAUUUAGGAGCAGAGGUGUAUGAGCGACUGAACAGGCGUCGUGAAGAAGACAAAUCUCGGAGAAAAAUGCUGGAUGAUAUUCUGGCUAAUAUCCAGGUAAAGCUCCAGAAGUGACUUGAAACUUUCUCCAGAAAUGAGGAACCAGUUUAAAUUUAAACAGCCGUUUACUUUUCACGCCGCGAUCUUGAUUUAUAAGUUGAAAGGCGUUUGCUGUGCGCAAUUUAUCAUGCAAUGUGGCGAAAUGAAGGGUCACGUAACGGUACCUCAAAUCACGGCAUUUUGCCCUACGGCACAGACUGUCACGGUAUGUCACGUCACGUCACGGCAUGGCACGUUACCCCGCCGCAACUUAAGUCACGGCAAGUUGCCAUACGGUACGUUGCCCAGUGGCAUGUCAUGGCAAGUCACAUCACGGCACGUUUCCCUAUUGCACGACACAUCACCGCACGGCACGUUUCCUCACGGCAAUAUGUGUCACCACCUGCGGCGUUUGGUAAUUCAUCCAAAAAUUUAUUUUAUUUUUUAAACUUGUGCUACUGUACACUUGUUGUUAAAGCGUAUUUAGCUCUUGUCAGAAUUGUUGCGAGAGGAACUUCACACUCCGUGAAGUUCUCGCAGCGUUCGUGAGGUUAUGACUUCAAGCGAACUCCUGACAGCAUUCAUGUCUCUUUUUCUUCUUUAGGACGAAAAAGCCUGUCAAGUGUGGCUUCACAGACAGGCUCAAAUGUAAGGUUAUGUUCUGUUGUAUAGUCUGCUACUCUGCUCACUCCUUUUAAGUCAAUCAGUUAGGUCGGUCAAUCGGUUCGGUCAUUCAGUCAGUCAGUGAGACAUUCAGUCAGGUAGCGAUCAGGCAGUGGUCAUACAGUUGCUCGGUCUCUUGGUCAAUGAUAUUUACCAUCGUCGACCGGUCAUUUUAUCUCUUGGUUUGUUAAAAUUCACUCAUCAGAAGUGUCUGAAGGACGACACCAGUCCACGCGUUAGUACUGAUCAUUACUCAGCGUGCAUUGCAAGCUUCUAUUUCCCCACCCCCUCACCUCCUCUUCCUUUUGACCGUCCCUAACCCUAUUGGUACAAAUUUCUCCCUCUCCCUAGCCUUCUACUACUGUAAAAAUCAUAGAUGGCAGAUAUAACUUUCACCAAGAAAAUCCGGAGAACUCGCUCGCCAAAGUUGCACCUGCGCUGCAAGCUAAUCGUGACUUAUCAGCACUUUCAGUUGGAAAGGAAAUUUCUCUCUUUAUCUUUGCUUACUUUUAACUGGAUCUAGUGCCUUAAAGUUAGUUCUUCAAAGUCGCCUUUGAAAGGCUUUGAAAGUAAUAAUCAUGUUGGUUAUGUAAAUACUGUCUCACUUUGACUUACCUUUGUAACACUUUUCAUUGCAGAGAUUCGGGGCAAAGCUUAGCGCCCAUCCCACUGCCCAGCUUGGGUAGGUGACAGACUCAGAGUUUGCAAAGUUCGACUCGUAUUCGCUGGGCUUAAUUCAUGCUCUAUAGAACUCUCAAGAUUUUCAUACUCUCCUCUCCUUUUCAACUGAUUUUCGAGACAUUGGUUUCACAGUGUAGUACAAACAAUUAGGCAUUUCCAAAUAUUUUUCGCUAUUUCUCAUGAUCUCCACUCAGCUUCCAUGAAAUUCUAGGAGUAGCCAAAAACUUCUCACUUCCCAUGACUUUCCAGCUUUUCCGUAACCUUUAUCAACCAUGGAUUUUUUUGUUUUGUAGAAGAAAAACUUCGAAAUAGUCAAUUACUGAGGAGCAAAUGAUAUAGAGACAGUCAACCUUAAAUUUUAAGACUUGUUUGCUGAUUUUUCCAGGUCGUAAGCCUGCAGCUCGAUUGGACAUCAGUGGAACUCCAGGAGUUGAACAACUCAGACCAUUAGAAAGAGAGGUACUUGUAAUCACAUGACACAAGGGACCAGUCAUUAAUUUUGUGGUUGUCACGAUAAAAUUUGCAUGACACCCCCCCCCCCCCAAAAAAAAAAAAAAAAAAAAAAAAAAAAAAAAAAAAAAGGAAGAAACCUCCCAUAUUCUUAAAAUCCCCGUACAUUAACAGUUAAUUGGCAGUCAAUUUUAAUACUCUUCCAGCGACCAUUGAUCCACCUCCGGUCCCCCUUAAAACCAUAUAAUCCUCCCAAAAUCUUCCACCCCAUCAGCGAGAAAAAAUGACCGUUUACUAACACGAUUACUUUCGACGCUUCAUAUUCUUUUCUUUUUGCCUCAUUCAGUUGUGCAGUAAUCUGAGGUUGUUGCCACAUGAUUACCAGAGUUACAAGUCCAGUCUCAUCAAAGAAUACGAGAAACAAGGCUCAUUACGACUUGCCCAAGCGCGCACUUUAAUCCGCAUUGACGUCAACAAGACAAGAAAGAUGUACAACUUUUUUGUGGAGCAAGGCUGGGUUAAACCGCCUGAUAGCUAGAUCAGUCUGG